UUAAUGUGAUUCCAGUCAACUUAAUUAUUAUGGAUGAACAAUUUCUGGAAUACAUUACUGAGAAUGCUGCAAAUAUAGGACCUACAGCUCGACAGGCUUUACUACACCAUGCCGAAGAGGAAUAUCUCAAUGGCAACAUGCCACAAUCCAUAUUCUAUCAAGUGGUGUCCCUUUACCAGACCUUUCAAGACCAUUAUUAUAGAGGAGGCGGGAAAAGAAAAUCGGUCGAUGUCAAAGAGCUAAUGAACGAGAUGAGUGCCGAGGAAAAGUCUGAGUUAAAAAAGAAUUGUCUCAUACAGUAUGUUGGCAAAUCCUUGAAUCAAAUGGCCAAAAAUAAGCCUAAGAACAAAUGUGAGGAAAGUACACCAAAACCAGAAGGCAACUUUCUCAAGGGCAUAACCAACCCCAUUGAGGGAAUACACAAACUGGAGGAAGUAUGUAAACAGAUGCCAAAAGUGUGGACAAUAUUGCAAUUAUGUAAAGGACCCCGUACGGAGACCACUUUUUCAAUAUAUCCAAAUAUACACGAAAGUGAUGCAGCCAUUUAUCUCACCAUAAUAAAACAUGCACGCAGUGACAGAUAUCCCAUGCCCAUUUGUUUGCGUUUUUGUGGCAGCAAACAGAAGGAACUUUUUGAAAGUUUUGCAAAUAUUAUUAACCGCUUCAAACAUAGCAUUAAAGUAGAUCCCAAAGAUUAUUAUUCAAUAGAGGCGAGGAAGCUUUACUGGAAAUCGUUGUCGGAGGUGAAUGAUUUUAUGACGAUAGCCUGUGAAGAACUGAAACGAUUUUUCUUUCCUUGGAAUUUUUUAUUUGCUGGUAUCUCGCACUCUUUUACAACCAAUGAUGCUUUUGCUCAACGUUGGACAGCAAUUGAUAAAUUUUGUGACUCGUAUGAAUUGGAUAACCAAUGUCGAAUUCUAUUAUCGCUGGCCGCAUUGAGGAUAGGUGAAUUAACAGUUCUGGAAAUCGAAGGCAUUUGUACGAUACUGUUUGAUAACGCAGAGCGCCGAGAAUUGGCAGUGCAGCUAUUAAAGGAAAUGCAACAACAACAACAAGAUGAUGCCAGUGAACACUAUAAUAAGGAUGAUUGCUAUCCCUGUAUACUGGUCAUUGAUGAGUAUUUAGAUCAUUUUUUCUGGGAAGAGAUGAAUGUUCACCAAGAAUUUACCCGAGUUAACUCUUUGCAAUGCCUUUGGAGGCUAUACCAAGCCUAUAAGAAGGACAUACACAAUGGUUAUCUCCAGGUUAAUAUAACCAAUGGAGGCUCCAUUAUAAAUCCAGAUCAAAGUUUGUGCAAAAUGGAAGUGAGAAUGCGUAGCUUUAUGGAACACUGGCUGCCUCACUGGAAAUUGCUGUGUAGCCAAAGACCAACUCAAGAAGAACUUAGAAAUAACUUUUUCAAUCGCAGUUGUUAUGUUUAUGCUGGUCAUGGUUCCGGUUUGCAAUAUAUAAAUGGCCGUAAUAUUGCCAAACUUCAAAUGCAAUGUGUGGUUUUUCUAUUCGGAUGUGACUCGUCGCGUCUCUAUUCGAAUGGUCUGUAUAGCGAACUAUGGGGGCCACAUAUGUAUUAUCAUGCAGCCAUGUGUCCUGCGUUAGUUGGCACUCUGAUGCCCUGCCUAGAUUCGUUUAUGGAUGGAGUAGCCACGGAAAUACUUAGUCGUUGGAUAGCACCCAAAUCGCCAAAUAUUUUGCCAUGGAAUGAAAUUGAACCGAGUGCCUGGAUAAAAGGGGGCAUCAUUAAAUCUGCAUUUACCACAACUUCUGCUACCACUACUACUGCCACAAUGUCCGAUUAUCAUUUGGGCAGUUUAUGUGGCGUCUUGGCCAGGAUACGGCAGCGGAUUACCGAAACCAAACUGUAUAACACCGCACCAUAUGUUUGUCGUGGUCUUCCCGUUUGGAAUUGUCAUGUCCAACCUCCUCCAACUUGAUUGUAAAUAUGUAGAACGAUAGCCUAAUAGGAUAAGAGUUUAAGCACGUAGCAUCCCUGGCGAUGAAAAAGUACCUUUUUUUUGAACUAGAAAUGUUAUUCGAAUUUUACUUAUACAUAUAUAUGCCCCGUGUCUCAUUUUGUUCAGUUCACUUUUAAAGUAUUAAAAUCUGUUUAUGAAUUUCAAAUUAA